AUGCCAGAGGUCUUGUUGGGUGUAUUUGAUGGCUACAUGUCUCUUGACAGGGACAAACUCACCUCAGAGACGAAGAUUGGCGGUGCCCCAUCUUACUUUCCAGCUCUCUCUCUUUCCCAGAGUGAGACUAUUCGUGAAUGGACAACAUGCGGAGUAUGUGGCCAGCAAAUGUUUCUCCUCCUUCAAGCCUUUAGCCCUUUACCACUGGCGCCUUCUUUGCAUCAUCGUAUGGUGUACGUGUUCUGUUGUAACUCUUCUAUAUGCACACGUCAGCCAUCUAGUAGUUGGUGUGCUUUCACUUUGCAGGUUGACGCCGCUGAUGAACAGGCUUUACAAGAUGAUUGCUCUGAUGAAGUCAUUGAAAUGGGUCCUCUUACCCCGGCCGAGUUGCCCCCAAACACGUUUCCUCCGUGUUGCGUGGACAUUUUCCCUGAACCGAAGAAGGAAAUCGUUGUACCAACUGAUCUUGAAACUGAGAUGAUUAAAGCCGCCGAAGAAAAUGCCAAAAACCCUGACAUUACUGAAAAUGAUGUGAAGGAGUUGGAGCGAGCGAUUGACCUAAAGGACAAACCCUCAGAUUAUGAUUUUGAAAAGUUUCGAAGAAAGAUGGCGAGAGAGCCUACCCAAGUCCUUCGGUAUUAUGAGCGUGACGGAAUUCAGAAAAGGGAGGCUGCUUCGAAUUUAGCAGUUGCUCCGCCACUUUUUAUGAACCCCCGAAGGGUCAAGGAUUUUUUUCGUAUACCGCCGUGUGGCAGUUGUGGAGCUGCUCUUAUUCAUGAGGUGCAGAUCAUGCCAACUUGUGUGUACUAUCUGCGUGUUGGCGAAUACGUGGUGGCUGGGAGAAAAAAUGGCGAUGAGGGUGUUGAUUGGGGUACGGUGACAGUUUUCGUUUGCUCGAAUAAUUGCUCGAAGGACUGCAAUGGCGUGGUACUACGGAAAGAGUUUGUGCUCGUUGAAAAAGCCCCAGAGUUGCUGGAUGAAAUUGAUGAAACAGAUGGAAGGAAAGACCUUCGCACUCUUUUGACGGGACCGUUAUGA